GAGGCGAUCUAUAAACUUCCAGCUGCCAACGAAAUGUUGGCCAGUAAACGGCCGUGGAAGACGAAUCCCAACUAUUUCACCCAUACCAAGAUUCUGGCUCUAGCACUCAUGAAAAUGACGAUCCAUGCCCAGCGUGGAGGCUCCAUAGAAGUUAUGGGUAUGCUUACUGGUAAAAUCACGCACAAAACAAUUAUAGUAAUGGAUGUAUAUCCACUUCCAGUAGAAGGAACAGAGACGAGAGUCAAUGCACAAGCUGAGGGGUACGAAUAUAUGGUUCAGUACUUGGAAGCCAAUAAGAAGAUAGGCAGACACGAGAAUAUCGUAGGCUGGUAUCAUUCUCAUCCUGGGUAUGGGUGUUGGUUAUCUGGAAUUGAUGUGAGUACUCAGGAGUUGAACCAGAACUUCCAAGAUCCGUAUUUGGCACUUGUCAUUGAUCCCAUCAAGACGUUGAAGCAGAACAAGGUUGAGAUCGGUGCCUUCAGAACUUACUCUGAGGAGUACAAGAAGAAAGAGCGAGGAGGUAGUAAUGAUUCUAGAAGUGUGCCCAAGUCGAAGAGAAAAGAUUUUGGAGUCCAUUCCGAACGGUACUAUUCGCUAGACAUAGACAUCUUCAACAGUGAACUCGACAGCAAGAUCAUUCUGAUGCUCUUGAAU